CACCAGGAAGCAGGUGGAUCGACACGCCCAGCUUGUUCGGCAGGUAUAGCCGGUGUUGUCACCACCUUGUGUCGGCCGAUCCACGGGAGAGAACUGGGGACGUUCUUACCCGAGAUGAACGAGUGACAACCGGCGGUCGACACACCACAGCAGACGCCCCCAGCUUCCCAUUAUUUAUUUUCAAAUCGACCAUUGAUCGAGUAAAAAACAAACUAUAACUAAGGAUGAAGCUGGUGAUUUUUUUCGUCGCCGUCAGCGUGGCGGUGAUGGUAGCGAUGGUCUUCCAGACUCUGCGCCAGGAGCUGAGCCUGCGUAACCUGAGGGUCCGCAUGGUGGAGAGCUCCGCGGAGGUCAAGAGGAGAGAAGACUCCAUCAUGGACAUGAAAAGUAAAAUCCAGGAGCUCAAGUCCUCGGUGGAGGCCGCCAACCAGAAGCUAGAGGACCUGAAGAAGGAGAAGGCAGAGAAAGAGAAGGCGACGAAGGAGGCUGAGAAAAGUCUGGAGACCUGCAACACGGAGAAGGGCAACAUUGAAAAGAAGAAGACAGAGCUGGAAGAAUCCAUAAAUAAACUCAAAGCUGAUCAUGAAGCCGAGAAGAACAAGGCUCAGGGGGAGAUUGGGAGCUUAAAACAACAGAUCUUGGACAGAGACAAAGCAAUUUGUGCCUAUGCAAAUAUGGAAAAGGAGGAGGCACGGAAACUGUGUGGAGAAUCUGGUGCAGCAGCGCAAUAACAUCAAUUCCAAUUAAAGUUGGCUGAAUGUUUCCACAAAGAAACACAUCUAAAAAGAACCAUUUGAGUUGUAUAUUUCUUUGGUAUUUCUUUUUUAAAUGAAAUAUUAAUAAUUGUUACACACAUUCAUUUACAGGCCAAGUGGAGCUGACUCUUGGAAUGGGGAAAUAGUUUUUUUCAUAUUUUUUAUAUAAAACAUUCUGCUUUAUUGAAACAAUUGUUUUGGUUGGAGCUUGUUAAGCUUUAUGUUUGUGGUUUUUGUCUCUGUAACAGACAUUAAAACAUGUUUGUUUAUCAAGGUAUUCACAGAUAUUUGUGUCCAAUGUGUUUAAUCUUUUCUGGUGUGCUGAGAAGGUUGGCCUUCUUGAUUUAGAGGACCCAGAAGCACUAUUUUCACUGCGGGAUCAUCAUAAAAUGUAGUUAUGUUUGCAAAUAUUCGAAACAUGACCAAAGCCACAACAGUAAAAAUUGUUAUAUAAUAUUUUGACCCUGAUAAGCUGAGUAGCUUGGUCUUUUGACUCUCCCUAGUGGACAAUUUAAGAUUUUCUUUUAUGAUGGCAAAACUAAUUUGCGUGGUUUUCUUUGCACUGAUAAGUAAAGGUUUAAAUUAUGAGAAAAUCUGUACAUUAGGGGGGGGGGGGUCAUAAAUUUUGAGAACACUGGACCAUUUUUAUUUGAUUUUGAUUUUGUUUAUUUUAAAUUAGUUCAUGACUACUAUAUUUAAUUUGUAGUUUCCUGUGACAUACCGAGCCAGUGGUUGAUGAAAAGUGUUGGAAAGGCUGUGUUUUAAAGCAGUGAGUCUCUAUUCACAUAAAGUUGUUUUUGAACUCUGAAAUUAAAGUGAUGUUUUUAUUAUUUUUCUCA